AUGAAGCUCUCUCUGGCCCUCGCCUCGCUGGCCGCGCUCGUUAGCGCCCAGAACAGCACGAACAGCAGCUUGCCCAUCUACAAGGAUCCCAAGGCCCCAAUUAACACCAGAGUCUCUGAUCUCCUCAAGCGCAUGACAAUCGAGGAGAAGACUGCCCAAUUGCUUCAGGCUGACAUCCGUGACUACCUCAACCUGACCGAUGGCCGCUUCAACGAGACGGGCCUGGUUUGGGCUGCCGAGCACAGAGCCAACUCCAUCUGGACCGGUCUGUACUCGACCGUAGACAAGAUCUCGUACGGCGCAAAGGUCGCUCAGGACUACUUCGUACACAACACCUCUCUGGGUAUUCCGGCCUUCAUCCAGAGCGAGGGUAUCCACGGGUUCCUCGCCCUCAAUGCCACCAUCUUCAACUCUCCAAUUGCCCACGGAUGCUCGUGGAACCCCGAGUUGAUUGAGAAGAUGGCCAAAGUCAUUGCCGUUGAGUCCAAGGCUCUCGGUGUCAACCAGAUCUUCGCCCCCGUUGUCGACUUGGCCCGCGAGCUGAGAUUCGGCCGUGUCGAGGAGACCUACGGCGAGGACCCCUUCCUCGUCGGCGAGUACGGCUACCGCUACACCAAGGGUCUUCAAGAGAACGGCGUCUGCGCCAUGGUGAAGCACUUUGCUGCCUUUGCCACUCCGGAGCAGGGAGUCAACACGGCUCCCGUUCACGGCGGUCCCAGAGAGCUCCGCACGACCUACUUGCCCUCUUUCAAGCGCGCCAUCCUCGAGGCCGAUGCCUGGGCAAUCAUGUCUUCCUACAACUCCUACGACGGUGUCCCUACCAUUGCCGACCACCACCUUCUGACCGAGAUCCUCCGUGAGGAAUGGGGCUAUGAGUACUACGUCAUUUCUGACGCCGGCGGUACUGCGCGUCUGGGCAACGCCUUUAAUGUCUGCGGAGAGACCGAUGAUACCUGCAUCACCAUGAAUGCCCUCCCGGCUGGUAACGACGUCGAGAUGGGUGGCGGCCGCUACAGCUUCCAGUACAUCCCCGAGCUCGUCGCCAACGGCACUCUGCCCGAGGACAUUGUCGACACCGCCGUCUCCCGUGUCCUCAAGGCCAAGUUCAAGGCCGGUCUGUUCGAGCACCCCUACACCGGCGUGCCUGACGACGAGGUCUUUGACUACCUCAACACCGAGGAGCACAGGAAGAUUGCCCGCGACCUUGACGCCGAGAGUAUUGUCCUCCUCGAGAACCACAACGAGACCCUGCCCCUGAAGAAGAGCGCCAACAUCGCCGUCCUCGGACCCAUGGCUGGCGGCGAUGAGAACGACCCGUACCGCGUCAACUACGGCGACUACGUCAUCCACACCGCCAUGCAACGUGGUGUUACUCCCUUCGACGGCAUCAAGGCUGCCAGCGAAGGCACUGUCACCUACGUCAAGGGUGUUGACCGCGCGUCCACCGACGAGUCUGGAAUCGAGGAGGCCGUUGCCGCCGCCAAUGCCGCCGACGUUGCCGUUGUCAUUGUGGGCACGUGGUCUCGAGACCAGGACGAGCUCUGGGCCGGCCUCAACGCAACCACUGGUGAGCACAUUGACGUCCACGACUUCAAGCUCGUCGGCGCCAUGGGUAAGCUCGUCAAGGCCGUCAUCGACACCGGCAAGCCCACCGUCGUCAUCUUCAGCUCCGGAAAACCCAUCACCGAGCCCUGGAUCUCCGACGAGGCCGGCGCCCUCAUCCAGAUGUUCUACCAGGGUGAGGAGGGCGGUCACGCUCUUGCUGACAUCCUCUACGGCGACGUCAACCCCUCCGGCAAGCUCUCCGUUGCGGUUCCCUACGACGUCGGCACCACUCCCGUCUACUACGACUACCUCAACUCUGCCCGCUCCUGGCCCAACCCGGGCAAGGUGUACGACAACGGCACCUUGGUCUUUGGCAGCAACUACGUCCUCAACACCCCUCUUCCAUUGUACGAGUUCGGCUACGGCUUGUCCUACAGCACCUUCGACUACUCCAACGUCUCCGUCUCCUCCUCGACCGUAUCCCCGACCGACACCGUCACGGUCAGCGUCGACGUGCACAACAACUCGACCCGCGACGGCACCGAGGUCGUCCAGGUCUACGUCAAGGACGUCGUCAGCACCGUCGUCGUCCCCAACAAGGAGCUCCGCGGCUUCUCCAAGGUCCUCAUCAAGGCCGGCGAGACCAAGGCCGUCAACGUCGACCUGUCCGUCUCCAACUGGGGCCUCUGGAACAUCAAGAUGCAGUAUGUCGUCGAGCCCGGCGACUUCAAGAUCCUCGUCGGAUCCUCGUCCGACGACAUCCGCGGGAACACGACCGUUACUGUUCAGUAA